AUGACUUUGAAACAUCUAAGCACGGAGAGGAAGAAGAACAGGGUUUCCACCAACCAGAGGAGGAAGAACAGGGUUUCCACCAACCAGAGGAGGAAGAACAGGGUUUUCACCAACCAGAGGAGGAAGAACAGGGUUUCCACCAACCAGAGGAGGAAGAACAGGGUUUUCACCUAUCAGAGGAAGAAGAACAGGGUUUUCACCAACCAGAGGAGGAAGAACAGGGUUUUCACCAACCAGAGGAGGAAGAACAGGGUUUUCACCAAUCAGAGGAGGAAGAACAGGGUUUUCACCAACCAGAGGAGGAAGAACAGGGUUUUCACCAAUCAGAGGAGGAAGAACAGGGUUUUCACCUAUCAGAGGAAGAAGAACAGGGUUUUCACCAACCAGAGGAGGAAGAACAGGGUUUCCACCAACCAGAGGAGGAAGAACAGGGUUUUCACCAAUCAGAGGAGGAAGAACAGGGUUUUCACCAACCAGAGGAGGAAGAACAGGGUUUUCACCAACCAGAGGAGGAAGAACAGGGUUUUCACCAAUCAGAGGAGGAAGAACAGGGUUUUCACCAAUCAGAGGAGGAAGAACAGGGUUUUCACCAAUCAGAGGAAGAAGAACAGGGUUUUCACCAAUCAGAGGAGGAAGAACAGGGUUUUCACCAACCAGAGGAGGAAGAACAGGGUUUUCACCAGUCAGAGGAAGAAGAACAGGGUUUUCACCAACCAGAGGAGGAAGAACACGGUUUUCACCAAUCAGAGGAAGAAGAACAGGGUUUUCACCAACCAGAGGAGGAAGAACAGGGUUUUCACCAAUCAGAGGAGGAAGAACAGGGUUUUCACCAAUCAGAGGAGGAAGAACAGGGUUUUCACCAACCAGAGGAGGAAGAACAGGGUUUUCACCAAUCAGAGGAGGAAGAACAGGGUUUUCACCAAUCAGAGGAAGAAGAACAGGGUUUUCACCAACCAGAGGAAGAAGAACAGGGUUUUCACCUAUCAGAGGAGGAAGAACAGGGUUUUCACCAAUCAGAGGAGGAAGAACAGGGUUUUCACCAAUCAGAGGAGAAAGAACAGGGUUUUCACCAAUCAGAGGAAGAAGAACAGGGUUUUCACCAACCAGAGAAGGAAGAACAGGAAGGAAGACAAGUCAGCUGACACGGAGAAGGAAGAGAAGUCAGCUGACACAGAGAAGGAAGACAAGUCAGCUGACACGGAGAAGGAAGACAAGUCAGCUGACACGGAGAAGGAAGACAAGUCAGCUGACACGGAGAAGGAAGACAAGUCAGCUGACACGGAGAAGGAAGAGAAGUCAGCUGACACAGAGAAGGAAGACAAGUCAGCUGACACGGAGAAGGAAGACAAGUCAGCUGACACGGAGAAGGAAGACAAGUCAGCUGACACGGAGAAGGAAGACAAGUCAGCUGACAGGGAGAAGGAAGACAAGUCAGCUGACACGGAGAAGGAAGACAAGUCAGCUGACACGGAGAAGGAAGACAAGUCAGCUGACACGGAGAAGGAAGAGAAGUCAGCUGACACGGAGAAGGUAGAGAAGUCAGCUGACACGGAGAAGGUGGAGAAGUCAUUUGACACAGAGAAGGAAGACAAGUCAGCUGACACAGAGAAGGAAGACAAGUCAGCUGACACGGAGAAGGAAGAGAAGUCAGCUGACACGGAGAAGGUGGAGAAGUCAUUUGACACAGAGAAGAUGGAGAAAUCAGCUGACACGGAGAAGGAAGACAAGUCAGCUGACACAGAGAAGGAAGACAAGUCAGCUGACACGGAGAAGGAAGAGAAGUCAUUUGACACAGAGAAGGUGGAGAAGUCAGCUGACACAGAGAAGGAGGAGAUGUCAGCUGACACGGAGAAGGAAGAGAAGUCAUUUGACACAGAGAAGGUGGAGAAGUCAGCUGACACAGAGAAGGAGGAGAAGUCAGCUGACACGGAGAAGGAAGAGAAGUCAUUUGACACAGAGAAGGAGAAUUCAAGGAGGAGAAUUCAGCUGACAUGGAGAAGGAUGAGAAGAGAAUUCAAGGAGGAGAAUUCAGCUGACAUGGAGAAGGAGGAGAAGUCAGCUGACACAGAGAAGGAAGACAAGUCAGCUGACAAGGAGAAGGAAGAGAAGUCAGCUGACACGGAGAAGGAAGACAAGUCAGCUGACACGGAGAAGGAAGACAAGUCAGCUGACACUGAGAAGGAAGACAAGUCACCUGACACAAAGAAGGAGGAGAAGUUAGCUGACAGGGAGAAGGAAGAGAAGUCAGCUGACACAGAGAAGGAAGAGAAGUCAGCUGACAUAGAGAAGGAAGAGAAGUCAUUUGACACAGAGAAGGAGGAGAAGUCAGCUGACACAGAGAAGGAGGAGAAGUCAGCUGACACAGAGAAGGAAGACAAGUCUGCUGACACGGAGAAGGAGGAGAAGUCAGCUGACAGGGAGAAGGCAGAGAAGUCAGCUGACAUGGAGAAGGAGAAGUCAGCUGACACGGAGAAGGAAGACAAGUCAGCUGACAAGGAGAAGGAAGACAAGUCAGCUGACAAGGAGAAGGAAGACAAGUCAGCUGACGAGGAGAAGGAAGACAAGUCAGCUGACACGGAGAAGGAAGAAAAGUCAGCUGACACGGAGAAGGUGGAGAAGUCAGCUGACAAGGAGAAGGAAGAUAAGUCAGCUGACAGGGAGAAGGCAGAGAAGUCAGCUGACACAAAGAAGGAGGAGAAGUCAGCUGACACAGAGAAGGAAGAGAAAGAAGGAGAAUUCAAGGAGGAGAAUUCAGCUGACAUGGAGAAGGAGGAGAAGUCAGCUGACACAGAGAAGGAAGACAAGUCAGCUGACACGGAGAAGGAAGAGAAGUCAGCUGACACGGAGAAGGUGGAGAAGUCAUUUGACACAGAGAAGAUGGAGAAAUCAGCUGACACGGAGAAGGAAGACAAGUCAGCUGACACAGAGAAGGAAGACAAGUCAGCUGACACGGAGAAGGAAGAGAAGUCAUUUGACACAGAGAAGGUGGAGAAGUCAGCUGACACAGAGAAGGAGGAGAAGUCAGCUGACACGGAGAAGGAAGAGAAGUCAUUUGACACAGAGAAGGUGGAGAAGUCAGCUGACACAGAGAAGGAGGAGAAGUCAGCUGACACGGAGAAGGAAGAGAAGUCAUUUGACACAGAGAAGGAGAAUUCAAGGAGGAGAAUUCAGCUGACAUGGAGAAGGAUGAGAAGAGAAUUCAAGGAGGAGAAUUCAGCUGACAUGGAGAAGGAGGAGAAGUCAGCUGACACAGAGAAGGAAGACAAGUCAGCUGACAAGGAGAAGGAAGAGAAGUCAGCUGACACGGAGAAGGAAGACAAGUCAGCUGACAGGGAGAAGGAAGACAAGUCAGCUGACAAGGAGGAGGAAGACAAGUCACCUGACACAAAGAAGGAGGAGAAGUUAGCUGACAAGGAGAAGGAAGAGAAGUCAGCUGACACAGAGAAGGAAGAGAAGUCAGCUGACAUAGAGAAGGAAGAGAAGUCAUUUGACACAGAGAAGGAGGAGAAGUCAGCUGACACAGAGAAGGAGGAGAAGUCAGCUGACACAGAGAAGGAAGACAAGUCAGCUGACACGGAGAAGGAGGAGAAGUCAGCUGACAGGGAGAAGGCAGAGAAGUCAGCUGACAUGGAGAAGGAGAAGUCAGCUGACACGGAGAAGGAAGACAAGUCAGCUGACAAGGAGAAGGAAGACAAGUCAGCUGACACGGAGAAGGAAGACAAGUCAGCUGACAAGGAGAAGGAAGACAAGUCAGCUGACGAGGAGAAGGAAGACAAGUCAGCUGACACGGAGAAGGAAGAAAAGUCAGCUGACACGGAGAAGGUGGAGAAGUCAGCUGACAAGGAGAAGGAAGAUAAGUCAGCUGACAGGGAGAAGGCAGAGAAGUCAGCUGACACAAAGAAGGAGGAGAAGUCAGCUGACACAGAGAAGGAAGAGAAAGAACGAGAAGAAUUCAAGGAGGAGAAUUCAGCUGACAUGGAGAAGGAGGAGAAGUCAGCUGACACGGAGAAGGAAGACAAGUCAGCUGACACGGAGAAGGAGGAGAAGUCAGCUGACAAGGAGAAGAUGGAGAAGUCAGCUGACAUGGAGAAGGAGGAGAAGUCAGCUGACAAGGAGAUGGAAGACAAGUCAGCUGACACAGAGAAGGAGGAGAAGUCAGCUGACAAGGAGAAGGAAGACAAGUCAGCUGACAUGGAGAAGGUGGAGAAGUCAGCUGACAUGGAGAAGGAAGACAAGUCAGCUUACACGGUGAAGGAGGAGAAGUCAGCUGACAUGGAGAAGGAGGAGAAGUCAGCUGACACGGAGAAGGUGGAGAAGUCAGCUGACAUAGAGAAGGAAGACAAGUCAGCUGACACGGCGAAGGAGGAGAAGUCAGCUGACAUGGAGAAGGAGGAGAAGUCAGCUGACACGGAGAAGGUGGAGAAGUCAGCUGACAUGGAGAAGGAGGAAAAGUCAGCUGACACAGAGAAGGAAGAGAAGUCAUUUGACACAGAGAAGGACAGAGGUGUCUUCUAG